UAACCCGGUAGGCAAACCACCAAAAUCAGUGGGGUAAAUGCCGGGGAACAUUUACCGGAUAUUAUUAGUAAAGCAAAAAUUGAUUACAUAAGGGGGAUAUAAAACCUAACCCUUCACACAAAGAAGCCCAAAAUAGAGCAAAAAAAGAAGAAAUUAGAGGAAAACAUAAGGGACAGAAUCAAUAUCUAAUUUAAUCACACCUCCCAACUCUUUGGGUAAAAUAUCUCCCUUCCUCCAAUAAAAAAACUCCAUCUAGGCCCAUUUUAGCAAUGAUUUCCCCAACAAGAUUAGUUGGGCCCUGAAUUACCGAAAAAAAUACUGAACCAUUGAGCCCACCCAUAUUUCUGCCCACCCGAAACAUCUUCGAGAAGGAGGACUCUAUCUCCAAAAUAGGAAACCAAAGAGCCUCCCCCCAUUCCACCGCUUUGAGCAACACUUCUUCUUCCUUCUUCGUUGUGCCACUCAAAGGGAAACCUUCAGCCGCCACAACAGCCCCUGCAUGAUCUCGCAACAAGAAUCCAGCUGAAGAUUUACCAUUACCUCUGAAGACCGCCCAAUUUAGCUUAACCCGGGAUGUCUGCGGUUUCACCCACCUGAAGAUCUGAGGACGUUUCCUGGAGAAGGAGAAAGGUAUGAGCCCAAGAUUCUUUAACCUCUCAUUUCCUUUCAGCGUUUCAUUUGCAUAGCACCAAGAUAACAUAUAGUUUUGAAUUUUUCUGAGCAAUCGGUCCAAAGAAGGGGUCAAAUCUUCCCAAAUCGAUUCCCAGUAAGCUUUCCACAAAUGCCACGCAAUGACUCCAGCAUAUUCGAGAAGAACAACCACACAGAUUGAGCCAAUGGACAAAGGAGGAGAAUAUGAUCUUCAGAAACUCCAUCUGCCUUACCGAAAGGGCACAUCGUAGGGUAAGGUACUGAGAAAAUAGCAAGCUGUUCUGGGAAUGGUAGGCACUUAUUCCACAGCCUCCAUAAAAAGAUUUUUAUUCUGGGCACUUGUUUAGGGUCCCAGAUCUGGUUAUUUGAAAUAGUCCUCCCCUGUUGUGGCCAAAGUGCCAAAUAAGCAGAUUUUGUUGUAAAAAUCUCGUCAGUUGUAUGCUUCCAUGUAAUAGAAUUAGGACCCCUGACUGCCAUACCUUCUGCCUUUUCAUGAAUGAGGCAUAUUCUUCUCCAUGAUGGUGAAUCAGUAAGUUUGGCCUCUCCCAAUUGGCGAUUACCAUAUCUGCUCUGCAUCAGAUCAGUCCAAAUGGAUUGACCUUUCUGAAAAUCCCACCAUAACUUCAUAGAAAAAGUUUUUUGAAUGUCAGCCAGUGACCUGAUUCCUAGUCCCCCAUUAGCAGUAGGUUUGCACAGUUUUGAUAGUUUAGCCCAAUGGUAUUUUGGUUUAUUGUCCUGGACCCCCCAGAAGAAAUUGGCAAUCUUCCUAUUAAUCAUGUUUAUCACUGCCACAGGGAGCUUUGUUACUGCCAACACAUUAAUAGGAAUUGAGUUGAGCACAUGUUGGAUUAAAAUUAGUCUACCACCUUGCCAAAGCAUCUUAGAUCUCCAGGCAGACAAUUUUUUAUCAAAUUUAUCCAACAACUCUCUGCAAUGCUCUAACCGAGUGAUCCCCUUGUGAAUUUGCACUCCUAGGUAUUUGAUAGGCAGCUUAGAGGACUUCAUACCCAGCUCAUUUUCAAUAUAUAAAAUCCUCCCCAGAGUAGUAUGUUGGCCUGCCACAAAAGUACUUUCUUCUUUAUUAACCAAUUGUCCUGAGGCUUCUUGAUAAGAUUGCAGAAACUUAUUGAAGUUUUUAAUUGAUCUAGAAGAUCCAUUAAAAAAAAACAUUAGUCAUCCGCAAAAGCUAGGUGUGUAACCGGUGCUCCUCUUCCAAUAUUAUAGCAAUCAAUAGCCCCCAGAUGACUCAGCUUAAUCAAACCUCUCGAAAAUACUUCAGAAACAAUAAUAAAGAGUAGAGGCGACAGGGCCCCCCCCUGUUUUACGCCCCUUUUAGGCUGGAAAAAACCGUAGGGUAGCCCAUUGAUUAGAAUUGAUAUAAAUGUACUUUUGAGAUUUCCCAGAAUCAGAUGUCUCACUCUUCAAUCAAAGCGAAAAUUAUCAAGAACUGAAUCCAAAAAAAACCCAAUCCACCCUAUCAAAAGCUUUGGCCAUAUCUAGCUUCACAACAAGAUUUGAACCUCUCACCUUUUUAUCAAGAUUAUGCAACAUCUCAAAUGCCACCAAAACUUGAUUUGAAAUAUCACGUCCCUUCAUGAACCCCAAUUGCUCCCUAGAUAUAAUCUUUGGUAGAAUAGCAGCCAUUCGUCAUGCCAGAAUCCUUGUAUUUAUCUUACUAAGAAAAGUAGAAAGACAAAUAGGGCAAAAAUAUCCAAAAGAAAUAGGUUUUUUUUCUUAGGAAUCAGAAUCAUAUUUACGCAACCUACUCCUUUAGGUACUGAAAAACCCAGAAAAAACUCCUGAACAGCCAUUACCACAUCCCUCUUGAUAAUAUCCCAUCAACCUCUAUAAAACCCCCCUCCAAAACCGUCAGGCCCAGGUACUGCUUCCUGGCUGAGACCCCAAACUGCCUCUCUAAUUUCAUCCUCUCCAUGUAGAUUAGAAAGCAUGUCAUUAUCAGCCCCAUCCAGCACCUUAGGAAUAUAUUGAAGCACUCUCUCAAGGCCAUUAUUCUGAUCUUUAGCAUAGAGCGUAGAAAAAAAGUCAACCGCCUCCCAUCCAAUGUCUUCAGCAUCAUAACACCAUUCACCAUUUGACUUUUUAAUGGCCUUAAGGUGCUGCCUCCUAAUCUUCUCACGAACAGUCUCAUGAAAAAAUUUCGUGUUGGCGUCUCCUUGCUUAAUCCAUCUGACAUUAGCUUUUUGUCUCCAAAAGAUUUCUUGCUGUUUAAUCCUCUUUAGAAGUUCAGCUUGUUUAAGAUUACAGACUGCCCUAUUAGCUUCUGUAGGAAAUUCCUCAAACAAUUUUUCCGCUGCCAAAGCUUCUACCUCCAAUUUUUGAGUGGCUCUAAAAAUGUCUCCAAACACCUCCCGGUUCCAUAUCUUUAAAUCAACCUUUAAAGACCUCAAUUUAGCACAAAAGCCACGCAUACCCCCCCCCCCCCCCCCCCAGUGUUGGAUACUCAUUCCACUUCUUAUACACAAAAGACAUAAAAUUAUCAUUGGAGAACCACAUAUUUUGGAAACGAAACUGCUUGGGGCCCUUCCCCGUAGUUAACUCACACGUAAGAAGAAUCGGGCAGUGAUCUGAGGGGCUUUUAGUCAAAUGUUGAAUAUGAAUAGUAUCAAAUUUAGAAGUAAAAGUGUGAUUAACCAAAUAUCGAUCAAGUCUCUCCCAAAUUCUACCAUUCGAUCUCAUGCCUGUCCACGUAAAAGAUGACCCAAUAGUUGGUAGUUGUAGAAGAUCACAUGCAUCCAUGCAAUCUUGAAAAUCCAGAAUAUCAUUAAGUGGAGGGCUAGACGGCCCUUUAUAUUCAGCUAUAGAGCUAACCACAUUAAAAUCACCGCCUAAAAUCCAAGCACAAUCCUCCAACCUCGCAGCUUCAGAUAAACCUGCCCAAAGCUGAGUCCUGUCCUGUCGUGUAUGAAGCCCAUAUAUUGGGGAGAAAACAAAAGCAAAGUCCAGAGGGGUGUACACCACCCUAACCAUAAGAAAUUGAUCUUUUUCGACAAUGGAUGAAACCUCAAAGUCACCCUUAUUCCACAUAAGCCAGAUUUUAUUAGAAGCAGACAUAUACAAAUUCGAGAAACCAAGAGAACACAUAAAAUAAUUGCCUUUAUUUUGAUCUACAAGAGGUUCAAUAAUCGUAACCAAAUUCACCAAAUAGUGCCUGAUAAUAUCGCGCAGCCUCGGGCACGAAGAAGCAAGGCCACAGAGAUUCCAUGUGAGCAUCUUCAUUAAGAAACCUGAGAGGGGGUUUCCGUGUUGAUCCUCUUGGCCGCUAACCGAGUAGUGACCGAAAAGGGUGGAUAAUUCUCUUUGGUUUUUUUCCGUCCCACAAUUCCAUUUGGCUCUUCUUUGUUUUGAACAAACUGUUUCACCUUGGUAUGUAGCUCCUUACAAACUUCCCUUCACGACUCCUUUGCCACCUCCUCUACCACAAAGUUAUCCCCAUCAGACACAAACCCAUCUUGCAAAACAGUUACAGGCUCCUCUCCCAACCGUAUGUCUCUUUCCUCAAAAUUUAUUAGCUUUGUGACAUCCGUUGCAUGAGACACCAAAGCCAACUUAGAUCCCUCAACUGAAUUUUCUUCCCCCUCUUCACUAUGGGUGUGCUCAGUUUGUACCACUGGUUGCGGGGCCUCCAAAACCUCGGGUACAAUUGCUUCCCCCUCUUUAAUCUCCUCACCGUCUGUAGUAUGCUUGUCCCCAACAUGAUCCAAAGAUAAAUUCUCCGGUGUAGCUUCCUCCUGAACUGUUUGUCCAGCUACAUCCUCCCCCCUACGUGAAGAUUCAGCUGCGUCAGAGGCUACAUCCACCUUCUCCUUCCCUUUAUGUUUUCUAGAAACCUGGAUCCAUUGAUCCGGAGCUUGAGUAGCCUUCCCGGAGUCCUUUUUUGGUGGAACAACCCGCAGUUGUUUAGUAGGGGCCUCAAUCUUCUUAGUAUCCUCCCUCCUCUUUGGAAUACAACAAACUCCUAUUUUGUGACCAAUUUUAUGGCAUUUUAUACAAUAGUCCAGCAAAUCUUCAUAUGUUACUGUUUGUAUAAUCUCUUUAGACCCAUUCAUGAUCAACACCUUAGUAGGUAUUUCCUGUAAUAAAUCCAACUCAACACAAACCUUAGCCGUGGAAGGACGAGUAAGGUUAGCAGUCGUAGCAUCCACUUUCAAUGGUUUCCCGAUCAUUCCGGCGAUUGAGAAGAGAGCCCGUUUGUCUUGCAAAUGAAUAGGUAGGCCUUCAAACGUAAUCCAUACCGGAACAAUGGGUGAUUCCACAUCCGGUCGAAAUCCGGAGUCCAGCGAGUGACCCUCAUUUUAAAACCUCUAAUAUUCCACCAUUGACGAUAGGGGUGAGCAUAACCCGAACCCACCCGAAAACCCGAUCGGGUCUGCCCUCUUAUAGCUGAUUGGGUCGGUUGACCCGAACCCGAAAACCCGAACCGAAAAGCCCAGCCCAUGUUUUAAGGGUUAUGGGUUACGGGUAGGGUAUUAUAAAUCCCUACCCGACCCGCUCGAAUACCCGAACUACCCAUACUAUAUAUACGAAUUAUUUAACACUAACCCUAACCCUAACACUCCAGCGCCUCCACUCUUCAGUCUUCACUCGCAACUCCCUCUCUCGAUCUCUCCUACUGCGAGUCUGCGACUUCUCUCUAACCAUCCCUGUCAACUCUCCGUCGUAGGUCCGACCUCUGUAGUCUAUUUGUACCUCCGGACUCCGGUGGAAGCUUGUACUCUCGAUCUCUCACUCUCCCGGUCUCUCUUACUGAGGUAUAAACGUUAAAUACCUAAACUGUAUGCUUGGUGGUUUGGUGGAAGCAUGAUCCAUAAGUGUGAUGUGUUAUCUGUUUUAGUGCACUAGAUUCGGACCCUGAUACCCUUUCUAUGAAUUAGUUGUAUAUGAAUCUGUUUUGGUGGAAGCUUGAAACCCUAGAUUCGGACCCUGAUACCCUUUCUAUGAACUACCUGUUAAUCUAUGAUGCUUUGGUCAUGCAUAUGAUUAUAUGAAUCUAUGAUUCUGAGAUUUUGAUAUAAAUGGUCUCUGAAUAUGUGCUGCCUCGAUGAUGCAUGUGUGAUUCUGAGAUUUUUAUAUAAGUGGCCCCUGAGUAAAGAUGAUGGUUGAUUUAUUAUGAGUUCUGAGUCUUUUGACAAGUGUUGAAGUUGCCUUUUUCUACUCUAACACUCAAAUGAGUAGUUAGAGUGAACUGGUAUCUUCUAAGUCUGUAGAGAAGUGAAUAAGCCUACUGCUUAUAUCCUUCUGUAGAUCAACUUGAUGAUUGUUCCAGACUUUAAUUUCAAUGUAUGAUGUUGUGUUCAAUCUGGAAGCUUGCAUUAUUGAGUUUUUUUGAACUAUAACUUCCUAUCAUUUAUCAGAAUGGAAGUUGCCUUUUUCUACUCUAACACUCAAAUGAGUAGUUAGAGUGAACUGGUAUCUUCUAAGUCUGUAGAGAAGUGAAUAAGCCUACUGCUUAUAUCCUUCUGUAGAUCAGCUUGCUGAUUGUUCCAGACUUUAAUUUCAAUGCAUGAUGUUGUGUUCAAUCUGGAAGCUUGCAUUAUUGAGUUUUUUUGAACUAUAACUUCCUAUCAUUUAUCAGAAUGGAAGUUGCCUUUUUCUACUCUAACACUCAAAUGAGUAGUUAGAGUGAACUGGUAUCUUCUAAGUCUGUAGAGAAGUGAAUAAGCCUACUGCUUAUAUCCUUCUGUAGAUCAGCUUGCUGAUUGUUCCAGACUUUAAUUUCAAUGUAUGAUGUUGUGUUCAAUCUGGAAGCUUGCAUUAUUGAGUUUUUUGAACUAUAACUUCCUAUCAUUUAUCAGAAUGGAAGUUGAAUGUAUGGAUACCAUACCUGCAUCUGGCUCUCAACCUCCUUUGACUCCUGUUUCCCAAGAACCUAUGAUGGAAGCUCAUGAUGCUGGGGCUAACACCAGCACACAACAGACUAAUGUUCCUGGAAAUAAGAGAAAGGAGGUAGAGUCCAGAUCUAGAAUAUGGGAUCAAUUUGAAAAGAUCAAAGAUAGUAAUGGUGUUGUUGUCAAAGGAAAAUGCAUACAUUGUGCUAAAAUAUAUUGUUGUCAGUCUAAGAAGCAUGACACUUCCUCUCUUAGAAAUCACAUACUGAGUUGUCUGAAAUUGCCUGCCUCAAAGGAUGCUAGGCAAGCCCUUCUCACUUUCCAACCAGUCUUGUGUAAUCCAACAUCUGAAAAAAUUGGGGUGUUAGGGACUUGGGUGUUUGAUCAGGUUGCAAUUAGGAGAGCACUUGCUGAAAUGCUUAUCAUUGAUGAGCUGUCAUUUAGAUUUGUGGACAGACAAGGAUUUAGGAAGUUUAUCUCUGUAGCUUGUCCUAGGUUCCAAAUUCCUUCCAGAUGGACAAUUGCUAGAGAUAUCUACCAAAUCUUCUUAGAUGAGAAAUUAAGUCUGAAAAGGUUGUUUAGGGAACACACUCAGAGGGUCAGUAUAACAACUGACACAUGGACCUCUGUACAAAGGAUCAAUUACAUGUGUAUAACUGCACAUUUCAUUGAUAAUGAGUGGAAGCUGAAUAAAAAAAUAAUUUUCUUUGUUCCUGUGACUUCCCACAAAGGAGAGUACUUAGCUAAAGCCCUAGAGUCUUGCCUAGUAGAUUGGGGUUUGAAAUCUAUCUUCACUGUAACUGUUGACAAUGCAAGCAGUAAUGACACUGCAAUUGGUUUUUUAAAAAGAAACUUUUAUCUUGGGGUGCCUCUUCUGUAAAAGUUAAGUACCUUCAUAUGAGGUGUAUUGCUCAUGUGACACCUUAAAAAAAAAUAGAUAAAAUUUAUCUGCCAAAAAUAAAACAAAUAUAAAAUAUCUGAUUAAAAUAGACCAGAUAUAAAUUAUCUGGUAAAAUAAACAUAACAAAUAAUACUUCAUAAAGUAAUUAAUAAAGAUGAGUUAGUGCAUAGCAAUAAACCUAUGUCCAUAUACAUAUCACAUAUAUAUAUCUAUAUAUAUCUAUGUAAAUCUAUGUAAAUAAUAAAGUAACGUAUUACGUAAUACACACUCGUACUUUAUAAUGUGGAGUCCAAGCAUGCAUCACACACAUAUCACAUCACAUACAUAAUACAUGCAUGUAUAGCAUCAUUGGUACGAUGCAUGGCGUGCGGUAUGGGUAUGAGUCAUACCUACGGGCUGCGGUUAUAGGCUUGUAGCUAUUGUUGAAGAGAGAGAAAAAAACGGACUGAUCCAUCAUAAUGAGCGAAUUAAAAACUACAAACGGCUGAAUGCGUACAAGCGUACAGAUGGGCGAAGGCUAUUGUAUAUGUAUAUAUAUAUCCUACGACUCAAUAAUCUGCGCUGCAACACCCUUGGUGAACCACAAACUGUUGUUGCUAUAUUUACUACUAUAUCACGCGAUUCACGCACGCAAGAAAGAAAGAUAAAGUGAGUGAGAAAAAGAGAAAAAGAGAGAAAGAAAGAGCUGAGGAAGGAGAGAACGAGACGGAGAAACGGGCGCUGCCGGAGGGGAAGAAAAUCGUCGAAGUUAGCCGGACUGUCCUUCACGCCGGAGAUAAAGGAAAGGGCUGUAAUUGCUCCGUCGUCGGACUAGGCCGCUGCCUUCGAAAGUGACUGUCGCCGAUAUACUACCGCUGCGCGCAGUUCCACUCGCCGUCGUCGUGGAGGUGAAUAUUUAGAGACCAGAAUUGAGGAAGAGAAUUAGGAGCAUCGGAUUUAAGGUAAUGAUGAAUAUGAAGCUCUUGAUGUUUGACGAGCCUUGAGAGCGCUUUAGAAGAUUAAGUGUAGUCUUCACUUGGUUUAAAUUAUGUUAUUAAAUUUUAAAUUUAAGUUAUUAAUUCGGUUGAACUCAUGGUGGAUAGCCUUAACAUCCAGCCAAGUUGAGGGCUGGGUGUGGCGGUAACACACCCUUUUUCCAUUAUUGUUAUUUCCGCUGCAAAACUCUAUCUAUUUUUAAGGAAUAAAUC